AUGAAGGAGAUGGUGGGAGGCUGCUGUGUCUGUUCUGAUGAGCGGGGCUGGGCGGAGAACCCGCUGGUGUACUGCGACGGGCACGGCUGCAAUGUGGCGGUGCACCAAGCUUGCUAUGGAAUUGUCCAGGUUCCUACCGGACCCUGGUUCUGUCGGAAAUGUGAAUCUCAAGAGAGAGCCGCCAGGGUGAGAUGUGAACUGUGUCCCCACAAAGAUGGAGCCCUGAAACGGACCGACAACGGAGGGUGGGCCCAUGUCGUCUGUGCUUUGUACAUCCCAGAGGUGCAGUUUGCCAACGUGCUCACCAUGGAGCCAAUUGUCCUGCAGUAUGUACCCCACGAUCGCUUCAACAAGACCUGCUACAUCUGUGAAGAGCAGGGCAGGGAGAGCAAAGCAGCCUCUGGAGCAUGCAUGGCUUGUAACCGACACGGCUGCCGGCAAGCUUUCCAUGUCACCUGUGCCCAGAUGGCUGGCCUCUUAUGUGAAGAGGAAGUCCUAGAAGUUGACAAUGUCAAAUAUUGUGGCUACUGCAAGUACCACUUCAAUAAAAUGAAGACCUCACGUCACUCUGGAGGUAGCUCCUUCAUUGCUGGAAGAAGGAGUCGAUCCACAUCCCCUGCUCAAGAGAAGCAUGUAUCCCACCACGAAAGGCCAAAGAAGAGUCGAAAGGACAAAGAAAGACCUAAACAGAAGCACAAAAAACGUCCGGAGUCUCCCACCAGCCUUACCCCAUCCUCGGUGCCCGUCGCUGCAGAGAAGGGCUCUACCAGCCACCAUGAGGGGAGCAAAGAGACCUCGGAGGUCGGCAGGUCGGAGGUGAAAGGCAGGAAGUCCUCAAGCCAUGGCAGCAGCCACAAGGGGAAAAAGACGGGAAGCGGGAAAAGCUCGGUCGGCUUCAGCUCAGCUUCAUCCAGCGGGACCUUCCAGCCUGCAGGUACCUCCUGCAGCAACUUGCAGUGCUCCCAGGACUUUGUGACAUUCCCCAAGCUUGAGCAGGACGACGAGAAGUACCGGAAGCCUGUCUCUUCCUCCUCUUCUUCCCACUGCUCCCCUCUGUAUGAAGGCCAGAAGGGGGACAUCUUUGAGCAGAAGGUGAUCUUCUCAGGCUUUGGGUCCAUCAUGCGUUUCUCCACCUCUGCGGUGAGCCAGCAGAGAGGCCGUGAUGCUUCCCCCGUGGACUAUAAGGCCUCGAACCCUGUCAGCGGCCCUUCGGUGGGGACCAGUGGGACCAGUGGUGGCAGCAGCAGCCACAAGCGCAUGCCAUCCCUCAGCAUGGAGGAGGGAGAGGUGCUGAAGGAAAAGAAGCACAAGGGUAGCAAGAAGAACAAGCAUGGGCCUGGCAGGCCAAAAGGGGGCAAAAGCAAAGAGAUUUUGGGUGCCCAGCUGGCUGGGUCCACGUCUACUUCCUCGUCACCCUUCUCCGGGGGCUCUCUUGUUAGCUCCAGCAUCGGCAACUCUUCACGGUCCUUCAGCCACGCAGGGAAUCUGCCCAGCCUCAGCAUGGAGUCCCCGCUGCUGGGUUCAGGGAUCUACACCAGUAACAAGGACCCUAUUUCCCACGGGGGCGGAGUGCUCCGAGCUGUGUGCAGUACACCCCUCUCUUCCAGCCUGCUGGCACACCAGGGUACGUCGUCUCUCCCACAGCUCAACCGGUCUCCCUUUGCUAGCACCAUUCCAGCUUCCUCCUCCUCGGUCUCUACCACGCAGGUGUUCUCACUGGCAGGUUCAACAUUCAGCCUCCCUUCCUCACAUAUUUUUGGAAGCCCCCUCGCAUCUGGGCUAUCAAUCAACCCACUCUUAAAUCAGUCGGAAAGCAGCCGGGCAGAGCCUGACCUGGAAGACUGCAGUUUUGGCUGCCGAGGGACGUCACCCCAGGAGAGUCUCUCUUCCAUGUCCCCCAUCAGCAGCCUGCCGACCCUCUUCGACCAGACAGUGUCCUGUAGCAGCAGCGGGCAGCUGGAGAAUGUUCCCCAGGCCACCCCAAACAUUGAGCAGCUCCUGGAGAAGCAGGGCAACGGGGAAGCCGGCGUAAACAUUGUAGAAAUGCUCAAAGCCCUGCACUCGCUGCAGAAGGAGAACCAGCGGCUCCAGGAGCAGAUCAUGACGCUGACGGCCAAGAAGGAGCGUUUGCAGCUCCUCAACGUCCAGCUCUCCGUCCCUUUCCCCGUGGUGACCAGCAGCAACGGCCCAGGCAGCCAGGCCCAGUACAUCCUGCCUCCCAACGUCUGCAACGAUUCCCUGAGCAUCAGCAAGAGCCCCCCAUGCAAGAACAGCUUUGGGAUCGAGAACUCGCUCUCCACUUCCUCUGAGGACCCUCAUUCAGGUUGCCCCAGCAGGAGCAGCUCUUCCCUGUCCUUCCACAGCACUCCUCCGCCCCUGCCCAUGCUGCAGCAGAGUCCUGCCUCGCUACCCCUGCCCGGGGUGCAGCAGGUGAAUGGCCUGGCCAGGGUGGCAGGCAGCGGGCUGGGGGGAGGCACCACUGCCAGCCACAGCCUCUCCACGGUGCCCAUGGUGGACGGCCUGAUGGGGACCCUGGCAGGAGGCCAGCAGAUGCCCAUCAACGGGAUCCUGGGGAAUCUGAACGGAGCUCAGGCCGCCCAGCCUCCGAGCGCGCUGACGCAGGCGAGCGGGCCUCCGACAUUGCAGCUCUCCACCAGCCUGAGCAGCAUGCCCAGCCCGAGUCCCCUGACAGAGCAGCAGCGGCACGUCUUGCACCAACACGAACAACAGCUCCAGCAGCUUCAGCAGCUCCUGACUUCCCAGCCGCUUAAUCCGGAGCAGCAGGCCCUGGUGUUCCAGAUGAUGCAGCAAAUCCAGCAGAAGAGGGAGCUGCAGCGGCUGCAGAUGACAAGCUCGUCCCAGCUGUCCAUGACCAGCCUCCUGGCAGCCACCUCCGCCCCCCUGCACUCCAGCACCAGCGCCCUGAUGACCUCGGCCCCUCAGCCGCCCCCCAGCAGCAGCUCUCUCCUGGCCUCCCUCUCCCCCCAGCAGCUCAACCCUAGCAAUGCCCUCAUGGCCCCCCAGGCCACCCCACCGCUCAGCACUCCUGGGAACAGCCUCCUGGCUUCGGGAACGGGCAUCCCGCCCGUCCUUACAGCACAGACUAACCCGUUUCUCAACCUGCAGGCUGAUGGCAACACCCCGAAAGGAACGAGCAUGAAUGAAAAGGGAGCUCCUCUUACCCAGGACAAGGGCUAA